AUGAUUGACAGCCUUGCAAAGAAGAAGGCUGCGGGGAAGAAACAAAUUUGUCAUUCUUUCCAACCUUUUCUUUCACUCCUUCCCCCAGUUUUCCCCCGAGCUGCCACGCGACGUGCGCAGCUCACCGUCACGACGUCUCCCACAAAGCGUCGCAAAGUUUCCCCCGAGCCAGGUCGCAGCAGCCCAGGAGAGGCACGACGUCACGGCCGCUCCGAACCUCCGCAGGUGCCUCCAUUGCCACCGAGAAGCUCCUCCUCGGCCUCAAACUCACGGAGCAAAAGCUACUCCCCGUCGCCUCCUCGCUACGUGCCCGCUCACCUCCAGUCCCACGUCCCAGGGACCCGAUCUCAGCCCGGUGUCCGCUCGCCCACCCCCGCGACUGCGACCGCCGGACUGUCCCUCUCCAGUGAACAUUCCGACAUGCCCUCCGAUCAUCAAGCCGGCACCCCGCCGACAAAUGGUGAUGGUCGUUCUCCUUCCCCGGGUGAGAAGCGCCCGGCUUCUGAGAUCACCGACCCCGAGCCCGAGGGAGGUGUGAGCACAACGGUUGAUGUCCCGGCCACUGAUUCCAUCGAUGACCAAAUCGCCAAGGUGGUUGAGCUUACAAACCAACCUUUGAAGGACGGACAAAAGGGGUAUGUGAUUUCCUCGCGAUGGGUGAAGACGCUUUAUGCGCGAAGCACCUCGUACGCCGACAAAGCAGACAAGGAAUCAAUGGACAACGAGCUGGGCCCUGUGGAUAACAGCGACAUCGUGCUCGACACCGAUCCGGCAAACAGCAACUUCAAGUACGAGAAUGGAGAGUCCUAUGUUCCUCUACGCCCGAACGUGCAACUCGGUGAGGAUUACGAGAUUGUGCCUCAAGAGGCCUGGGACUUGAUCAUGAAAGAGUAUGGAGUCGCCAGCCAGUCGCCCACCAUCGUUCGUUUUGCGCACAACACUAGCUUGGAUGGUUCCGACAACAUCAUGUACGAGCUCAGCCCGCCAAUCUUCACGAUCUUCAAGCUGGCCAACCCCGCUGCGGGGACCACACCCCAGUCUCUGAAAGAGAAGACCCUCCCUCCCGCGAAGAUGCUAGCUGGUCGUCAGAGCGGUGUCCAGGCCUGGCUGAAGCGGGCCAAGGAGCUCGCUGGGAUUAACAUGUCGACCAAGGUGCGAGUGUGGAAGAUCAUCGGCCAACUCCCCAGCCUCAAUCCUUCGACCGCUACGACUCCCGCCGUGUCCCGCGCCGUUUCGCCCGCUCCCCCCUCCGCUCUCAUCUCGGCCUCGAGCAGAAACCUCCUGGUGGAUCUGAACACCUUCCUUGACCUGAAUGAGGGUACUCAACGGGAGCUCCUGGAGACGUUCAAGGACCAGACCAACAAUGACAACUACAAUGGCAAAAUGUCACUGAGCAUUGCGGGUCUCAUGGGAUCCGAUGUCUUUGUUCUGGAGGAGCAGGUUGGAACUAAGAGUGGAGAGUGGGUGUCCGCAGUCUCGGCAGAGAAGCUCAAGCGCCUCGGCAUCCCCAUCAACAAGCCCAAGAAGGAGAUUACCUCCGUUGCUUCUACUGCCCUCGCUGCGCCUGCUGCCUCGAAAAGCCAGGCCAACAGCGGUCGGACCAGCCCUGUACAAGAUGAAUUCCCGUUCGCCAACAAACCCCACGGCCAUAGGAUGGGCCUGACGGGUCUUUCGAACUUGGGUAACACUUGCUACCAGAAUGCGGCCACUCAGUGUGUUCGGGCUGUGGAAGAGUUGACAUACUACUUCCUUGCAAACCGCCACAAGAAGGACCUCAAUCCCUCUAACCCCCUCGGAUACUCUGGACAACUCGCCAAGGCGUAUGCUGGACUGAUCCAAGGCAUCUAUCGCGACCCCCCACCCUCGUCUUUCAAUCCCCACAAGUUCCGAAACCAAAUUGGCCGGAACAACCCUACCAUGGCUGGCUGGGAUCAGCAAGACAGUCAAGAGUUCCUGAUGUUCCUUCUCGAUGGUCUCUCCGAAGACCUGAACCGCAUCCUGAAGAAGCCUUACAUUGAGAAGCCCGACUCGACCGACGAGAUGGUCCACGACCGCAAGGCUCUCGAAGACUUUGCUGUUCGAUCCUGGGACAUCUACAAAGCGCGCAACGACUCCGUCAUCACUGACCUGUUUGCCGGCAUGUACAAGUCGACCCUGGUUUGCCCUACCUGCGACAAAGUCAGCAUCAUCUUCGAUCCCUUCAGCAGCUUGACUUUGCCCAUUCCGCAGCAGAAGGUUGUGUACCGGAACGUCGUCUUUCAAGGACUUCAGGAGCCCCCCAAGAGCUUCGUUGUCGAGGUGGACAAGACGAGCACCUUCGGUGCUUGGAAGGAGACUGUGGCGACUAAGAUGGGUCUCAAGCCGGAUCAACUUAUCGGAGCAGAUGUCUCUUCUGGCCACUUCUGGGAUGUUUACACUCGCCAAAAGAUGCCUUUUGAGGAAUUGAACAUGAAGGAAAAAGACGUCAUGACGUUCAUUCAAUUGGAUGCCCCUGCAAACGAUCGCAUCCUUGUACCGGUGUUCAGCAGAUGCGAGACCAAGUACCGGAACCAGAGAGGCCAACCCAAGCUUGAAACAUUUGGUCAGCCUACCAUCCUCUCUUUCACCCGCGAGGAAGCUAGAGACAUGGCCGCCAUCUAUCGCAAGAUCAUUCGUCAUGUCGCUACCAUGACUACGCGCGAUAUCUUAGGCGAGGCUGAAUCGAAGAUUAAGGAGAAGACUGACGCCGAUGAGGCGGGACAGGCUCUCGAAGAUUCCGACACUGUGGUCAUGAAUGAAGAGGAUGCCCAAUCAGCAGACUUUCGAAUCAAAACUGGCUCGGUUGAGGGCGAUGACAGCAUCGUUGAUAUCUCUAUGAACGAUGCUUCCCGAACCCCCAGUGCAGCUUCACCCCAAGGAAUGGAUACCAGCGAUGAUAUUCCUGCCCAUCCUCUGGCUGACAUUAUCCCUCCUGGCCUGCUCAGUCUGUUCAGUGUCCGGGUCAUGAACGGCUUCGACAAGAUCCCCCGAGGUCGCCAGAUCCACGGCUACAACAACUUCGAGACCCUUCUGUCUCGUCUUCCAACUCCGAAGAAGGUUUCAAAGAAAUCUUCCAACGGAUCGGAUGACGGAAGCAACGAGGAUUCCAGCGUGUCAGACGAGUCUGACCAUGAGAGUACCGAGAUGACCUCUGCGACACCACUGCUGAAGCAGUCCGAAGCGAUUCUGCUGGACUGGAACGAGGAUGCCAGAGAUGCUCUCUUCGGCAAGGAUGGACCCGGGGACAACCUGCGUGGCGCUGCCACCUGCGACCAGAUUCCCUUCGUCAAAGACCAGGGGCUCAUCGACCGUCGGGCCCAGCGUGACGCGCAGGCAAGUCAAGGCGUCACGCUUGACCAGUGCCUGGACGAGUUCAGCCGCGAGGAGACGCUGUCGCAGGAUGACGCGUGGUACUGCCCACGCUGCAAGGAGCACCGCCAAGCUCGCAAGAAGUUCGAGCUGUGGUCGACCCCGGACAUCCUGGUCAUUCACCUGAAACGGUUUAUGACCCACUCUCGGUUCUCUCGUGGUAAGCUCAGCACGAACGUCAACUUCCCGGUCGAGAAUCUCGACCUGUCAAGUUGGGUUUCGGGUCCCGCGGGGGACAAGUCUCUGGUCUACGACCUGAUCGGCGUGGACAACCACUCGGGCAGCAUGGCGGGCGGCCAUUACACCGCCUAUGCCAAAAACUUCGUCACUGACGACUGGGGCAACUUCAACGAUUCGUCGGCGACUACGCUUAGGGAUUUGAGUAGGAUGCAAUCUCCCCAAGCGUACCUGCUGUUCUACCGCCGCCGCUCCGACCAGCCUCUGGGUGGUCCCGUUCUUCAGAACAUCGUCAACAAGUUCAAGAACGGCGAGAAGGAUAGCACGGCGGAGAACUCGCGGGCUGGGUCACCGUCGGGGGAAGGCAAGCGUCUCGGCGGCUCAUUCCACAAUGGGUCGUCGAGCGUCUCAGCCGGAGUCGGAGUAGCUCGCCGAGUGGGCGGUGGUGGUUCGGGGGCCGCGACUCCGGAGACGAAGUCGAGUGAUGAUGAGGAUGAGGAGGAGUCGCACAACCCCCUUGACGAUAUGUUCUCUGCGCCGUCGUGGUCGUUUGACCAGGCUGGACCGUCCAUUGGUCUUGGCGAGAUGACUUCCAUUCGUCCCGCCUCCCCGGAUGAAGACAAUGAUCUUUUCGGGGACAAUGACAGCAAUGUGGCGGUCGAUGAGAACUCGGACGUUGAGGAUCGUCUCCAUGGCCUUGACAACUCACGGCCGGUCUCAGAGCACGAUGCUUCCUUCGAGGAUGUCCCGCCCCUGCUGGACGAUGGUUCGGAUGAGGAGUUGCCCGUUGUGGAGCUGCGCGUGGAUCCUGACGAGAAGAUGAACUCGGACGUCUGA